UGAAAGCCGACAUGGAAAAUCCAUCAGACUUACCCAGAACAUUCUAAAUAAGCCUACCGCUGGUCCUGUCAUCACCCUCCAGUCACGCUGGCAUCACUAGAGUCUCAGAGUGGGGAGGAGCCAAGCCCUGGCAGCAUGGUGUCUGCCGUGGCGACGGGCUCCGCCCCCAGCCCGCAGAGCGAGGCGGUGACCAGUGAACUGCAAGAGCUGUCGCUGCAGCCCGCUCCGAACCUGCUUCCACUGCGGGAGAGGAAGAACGUCCUUCAGCUCAAACUACAGCAGAGACGGACCCGAGAGGAACUGAUCAGCCAGGGAAUCAUGCCCCCACUGAAGAGUCCUGCUGCCUUUCACGAGCAGAGGAAAAGUCUGGAGAGAGCACGGACGGAAGACUAUCUAAAGAGGAAGAUAAAGAGCCGUCCGGAUCGGUCGGAGCUGGUGAGGAUGCACAUACUGGAGGAGACGUCCGCUGAGCCUUCCCUGCAGGCCAAACAGCUGAAGCUGAAGAGGGCUCGACUGGCCGACGACCUCAACGACAAGAUCGCCCACCGACCCGGUCCGAUCGAGCUCGUCCAUAAGAACAUUCUGUCCGUGCACAUGCUGAUGGGCACGGAGUCUCCGAGAGGAGAGAGCUCCUCAUUGGAUGAGGACAGCAGUGAUGCCUUGUCUCCUGACCAAUCAGGGAGUCAGGACUCUCCGCUCGGACUUGGUCCUCAGCACUCGCCUUCGGACAUGCUUAAUUUGAAUGGAAACCCCUCUCCCACACAGUUCCUUUCUCAGGUGCCACUGUCAGUGCUGAGCCCGUCUGAUGCCUCCCCAACACAGAGUCUGACUAAUGGACCUCUGACCGCUACGGCUGCCUCUGCUCACUCUACUACAGCACACAGCAAGACGAGGUCGAGCGCGGAUCGGCCCCCGCAGAGGCCCAAGAAGCCCAAAGACAGCAAGCCCAAAGUGAAGAAGCUGAAGUACCAUCAGUACAUCCCCCCCGACCAGAAGGCCGACCGCGAGCCCCCGCCUCAGCUGGACUCCUCUUACGCCAAGAUCCUGCACCAGCAACAACUCUUCCUGCAGCUCCAGAUCAUCAACCAGCAGCAACAGCACUACAACUACCACACUAUACUACCAGCCCCUCCCAAACCCCCUGCCGAACAGCAGACUCCAGCCAAUCCCGGCCCAUCCCUCUCCCGGACUGCCGCCGCCGCCGCUGCCUCUGCCUCUUCCAAUCAGAACGGGUCUAGUCGCCAGAGCCAAACUCCGGUGGGCGGAGCCAAGCCAACGACAUUGCCUGCCAACCUGGACGAGUUCAAAGUCGCUGAGCUGAAACACGAGCUUAAGCUGAGGGGCUUGACCGUAUCAGGCACUAAGAACGACCUCAUAGAGAGACUGAAGAACUACCAGGAGCAGAACGGAGGUGCCACAGCAGCAGGAGCAGGUAGUGGAGGUGUGAAAACCGCCUCCGUUUCUCAAACGCAACACGGGCCAGUCCACACCUCAGGCCUGACCGCUGUCACGCCUCAGUCGAAAGACGCCGUGGGGAAGGCCGCAAACUUUUCCACGGCAACCACCAACGGAAUCAAAAGCAAAACCCCGCCCCAGAUCAUGCGCUUCAGCAGCACAAGCUCCUCCCCUCCUGUUUCGCCCACCCCUUCCGAUCGCUCAUUGGCUGGAAUGAGCCCAGAUGAGGCCAGUUGCAACGGAGACGUCUUUGGCGAGAUGGUGAGCUCUCCUCUCACCCAGCUCAGCCUGCAGCCUCCCUCUGAGCAUCCUUCUCCAAUCAAAGAGGAGCAUCCAGGACACAUGCAGAACUCCUGCUGCUUUUCUCGACCCGGCCUGCGGGCGGCGCCGUUCCAGCAGGCCCAGGACGCCACGAUGGUGUCGGCGGUGGGGUCCCUGGACAAAGACCAGAUGGUGUCGGCGGUGGGGUCCCUGGACAAAGACCAGAUGCUGCAGGAGAAGGACAAACAGAUCGAGGAGCUGACGCGCAUGCUGAGGCAGAAGCAGCGGCUCGUGGAGACGUUGCGUUCGCAGCUCGAGCAGGGCAAGCGCGCCGGGAAAAUCGACGGGCUCGACGGGACGCCGAAGGCCGGGACGGCCGCCCUGUCGAACGGGGAGGUCAAGGUCAAAGAGGAGGUGAAGGAGGAGAUGGACAUGGAGGAGGACGCGCAGCGGGAGACGCAGACGCAGCCGCAGAGGAAGACGCAGACGCAGUGCUCGCAGCAGACGCUGCUCAAACUGCAGCGGAUUCACCGGCUGCAGCAGAUGCAAGCGGAGCAGCACAAACCGCCGCGGCCGCUUCAGAAACAGUCGCAGUUACUGCAACAGCAACAACAACAACAACAACAACAACAGCAGCAGCAGCAGCAGAAACAGAUCCAUUUGCUGCAGCAGCAGAAGCUUCAGCAGCUGAUCCUGCAGCAGAGUCAGCAACAGGCACAGCAGCAAAAGACCCAAAAACAGCAACAGAAAGGACAACGUUUACAGUCGCAACAGGUCUCGCAAGUGUUUGUGAAUCAACAGACAGGCGCUCAAGUUACAACCACGUCUUUCCCACUGGACCUUCUUAAGGCCCACCCCACACCGACACUCGUUACCGACAGCAACGGAAACCACUAUUUAAUCGCACUGACCAACAACAGUGUGGAUGGGCAGCAUGGCGGAUCCCCCCAGAGCAAAGCCCACGGACGGAUCACCCUGCAGAGAUUACAGUCUACACCCUGCAAGCUUCCCAGCCAAUCAGCAUCAGAUGUAGCAAACUCAGCCAACCAAUCACAACAGCCGCAGCGGCCCGUACAGAAGACAGGGCUACACCUGGAAACAAACGUUGUGCAAGAGGCGAGUCUGCCUGCGUCAGCUCCACCCAAUCUCCAACCUUUCUUUCUCAACGACGAGUCUACGGCUGUGACUCAAGCUCACUCACCUCCGGGUCUAAAGGGUGCGGUGUGUCCAAGCUUUGAUCGACACACUUUGUUCACCCCUCCCUCACCAAAACCAAAUUCUCAUCCCCCCCAGCGUUUGAAAGAAAAUGGUUCAGGAAGACAACAUAUAGAUGAUCUCUUUGAAAUCCUCAUUAAGAGCGGAGAAAUCUCCUCUGGAUUUAAAGCCAAUCCUGACCCCUCCCUCGCCCACCUUCACUCCAACCCCUCCACCCCCUCUCCACCCGCGUCCCCGCUCCACCUCUCGCCCCCCACCCCUCCGCUGAACCCCUCCCCUCCUCAGCCGCAGCCCACGGAGGCGCAGGACAGGCCCUGCCCGGGGGCCGGCCGUCUGGAGGACUUCCUCGAGAGCACCACCGGCGCGCCCCUCAUCGGCGUGGAGCCUGACGGCCCGCUGACCUUGAUCGACGACCUCCACAGUCAAAUGCUGAGCACUUCCAGUAUCCUGGACCAUCCCCCUACCCCCAUGGACACCACCGAGCUCUGUUUCUCCCCCCACCCGGCCAGCCUGGACUUUGGAGACCCCGCCCUCGACGGCAUGGAUUGGUUGGACAUAUCGAUGGGCGGGACGGGCAACGGCUGCAACGGCGGGGGCACCGUUCUGGCCCCCCUGGGGUCACACACCCCGCCGAGCGUGUUUUCGGCAGACUUUUUGGACAGUUCGGACCUGCAGCUCCAGUGGGACUCCUGCUUAUAG